GGAGGUGGCCGGCAGAGCUAAGCAGACAGGCAAAAUGGCCCUGCAUGUGUGAAGUCUCUAGGAAGGGAGAAAGCUGGCUCUGAGAGAUGGAGGGGGCAGGGUUUUGAGGACCGGGUUAAGGAAUAGUCACCAUUUUGUUGAGUCCACAAUUAUGUCCCCUCCCCCAAAGAAUGAAAUGCAAAGAGAGAAGGUCAACAUGAUACAGGGAGACCCAAGCCUCUCUGAAUGUCUCCUGCUGUGGGCUAAAGUCCCUCAGAGAGGUCCAAACUUCAAAAGUAGCCUCAGCCUGGAAUUUUUCCACAGGAAAAGUCAGCAGUAAAUAUUGACACGGGAAUCAAUCAUCUCUACUGAGGUUCCAGACUGCUUCAGCCAGCCAGGGCAGCUAGGUCGCAGGUGACAAGGAUAAGACAGUCACCCUCGGAAAGAGCUGUAGAGAGGCCAUCUCCUUGGCUCUGGGUCGCCGUCCUCGGGAUGGAGCUGGCAACGAUGAAGACGCUGGUUAUGUUGGUGCUGGGAAUGCACUACUGGUGUGCCUCAGGUUUCCCGGUGUACGACUACGACCCUUCCUCUCUGCAAGAAGCUCUCAGUGCCUCAGUGGCUAAGGUGAACUCGCAAUCCCUGAGUCCUUACCUGUUUCGGGCGACGCGGAGCUCCCUGAAGAGAGUUAAUGUCCUGGAUGAAGACACACUGGUCAUGAACUUAGAGUUCACCGUUCAGGAAACUACAUGCCUAAGAGAGUCUGGUGAUCCCUCCACCUGCGCCUUCCAAAGGGGCUACUCUGUGCCAACAGCUGCUUGCAGGAGCACAGUGCAGAUGUCCAAGGGACAGGUGAAGGAUGUGUGGGCUCACUGCCGCUGGGCGUCCACAUCCGAGUCCAACAGCAGUGAGGAGAUGAUUUUUGGGGACAUGGCAAGAUCCCACCGACGAAGAAAUGAUUAUCUACUUGGCUUUCUUUAUGAUGAACCCAAAGAGAUCACGAGGAGGGGACAUCCUCCUGCCCAUAGAAGGUUCCUGAACCUCCAACGCAGAGCAAGAGUCAAUUCUGGCUUUGAGUGACAUCCUGGAGAUUCCAUGAAAGAAAGAGAAGCAGAAGCUGAAAUGAAGGACAUGGAGAAUUGUGUCUUUUUCCUUUGAUAAGCUCCACUUUGCAAUAAAGAUCUUCCCCUUCCUGUA